AUGUGCAUCGAGGGCCAUAAAUACCGGUUUGGCUACGGUGUGCCUGCCGACGUGCAACGAGCGUUCAAACUUUAUCAAGAAGCAGGAAGUCUGCUGGACCCUGAGGCGCUAGUAUCCGCAGGAAUCUUGCUUGAGGAGGGUAUGGUGGACCCAGAUAUCGAGUACGACCAACUCGCAAAGGUGCUGGCUGUGUCCUCGUCCGGAAGUCCACAGUCGGGAAGCCACGGAGAGCAGCACUUGCCGAAGCGAUCAACAUUUCUCCAGCUCGGAUCGGAGGCUGCUGAUGAACGUCCACUGCACGUUUCGGCAUGGCUGGAUCAUCCCGCUUGGCUCCCUGUUCUCAAAACGAAUUGUUUUCAUAUUGAAGAGAAGCCCAUCGGGCUGUCGAACACCAAUGACAGACUGAAAGCUGCUCGGUGCUACUAUGAGGCGGCUGCACGAUUAGGCCACCCCGACGCUCUAUUCCGCCUUGGAAAAAUGGUCGAGAGAGGGCAAGCUGGCCUGCUCGCUGACAUAACGAAGGCCGCCAACCUAUACGCCGAGGCAGCCGAGCUAGGUCACGCUGAUGCGCAAGUGGCGGUAGGCUACGCUUGCGAGCACGGAAGUUGCGGAUGGCAACGGGACUACCAGCAGGCUAUCCUCUGGUACCAGAAAGCAACAGCACAGGGGAGCCCGACCGCUGCGAACAACUUAGCUUCCAUGUAUUACCACGGCCGAGGGUGUCCGCAAGAUUUCGAAAAAGCCGCCGAGUUGUUCAAAAACGCCGCUGCUGGUGGCAGUACGAAUGCCCUUUACAACCUCGGCGUGUGCUACGAGUUCGGCCACGGUGUCACGGCAGAAGACUCUGACCGGGCGCUCCAGCUAUAUCAGAAAGCAGCGCAUGCUGGCCACGUGAAAGCCGCUGGAGCCUUAGGCAUGCUGCUUUUUAGACUCAGUGUCGCUUCCGGGAAGCCGGCAGGCGACUAUGCGAAAGCAGCAAAGUGGCUCCGCGUGGCGGCAGAGCAGAAGGACGCCGAUGCAGCCUUUGGCCUCGGCCAGCUUUUCGAGGCGGGACUCGGUACGGAGGCUCUCGCUGCUGCUCACCUCGGAUACUGUGCCUUCCGCAAAGACCCACUACAUGCACGACUCUGUGAAACAGCAAGCGAGGAUUCGCCUGCACCUCUUUUACGUGCACUCGCGCCGUUGUCUGGACAAGCCAAAUCCCUUGAGUGGUGCGUAACUCCUCCACCCAAGCAAUAA